AUGGAAUAUGAAAGUAUUCAAUGUUCUAUAAAUGGAAAGUCUGUUGAAGCUAUAAUUGAUCGUGAUUCUGAAAUCAAUAUCAUUACCAAAGAAAUAGCUGACAAGCUAGGCUUAAAAAUCAAUAAAGAUACUUGCUUUUCAGAAGUUAAUAACAAAAGAUUUGCCGGAAUUGAGUUAGAGAUGUAUAAUAUAAAAAAUCGUCUUUAUACAAUUUGCAAAAGACUAGAUAUCCCGAUUAAUAUUGCUAUUAUUCCCGAACAAGGUCAUAAUUCGGUACGAGAAUUUUAUAAACAACUUAAAAAUUAUGCUUUAGUUAAGGAUAUACAUGAUGAGGAUACGAUUAAUUUGUUCUUUAUAAGAGGUCUAAAUAAAAAGUUUCAAUCGGUAGCUUUUGCUGAACCAUUUGCACAAAAGCAUAUGCCUUUGGAUGAGUGGGUUACAAAGCUAACAGGAAUAGAAAAAAUUUGCCAGUUACUUUCACAUAAAUUAUCAGACUAG